AUGUGACGAGCAUCAAGUGCGUGAGCGACUGCAUGGGGAUGGACUAUGUGCAGGGCCCGGACUGCGAUUCCAUCAUGGAAAAAUGGGUGUGCUACGCUGACGUGUGUGACCAGUGUUGGCGCAAGAUGUUCUACAGUGACUACCACUGGCCCAUACAGGAGGCUAGCAUGUGCGAGCGCACGCAGGGACCGCCCUACCCCUGCCUCUCUGCCACCCAGUUGAAUGCCUCCUGCCCUGCUUGCCUUUCGUACAAGCUGCCCACUCGAACAUGCUUUG